AUGUUGCAUCUCCUACAUGAGCUAGAGGAGGACCCAGAGAUGCGACUGCUGGCCAGCUGUGUGUACCACCUGGCCGAGCUCUUCAACAAAAUGGAGCGAGAACCAAGGUUCCUGCAACAGGAUGCGGCAGACCGGAUGAAGCAGCUUAUUGAUUUCUCCACUACGAGCUACGUUCGGAUGGCGAAGCGAAUGGUCGGGGCAAAGAUCAUGAUGUUCCCUUUGAAGCCGAAGCUGCACGCCAUGCAGGAGCUGGCCUACUGGACUGCGGUUGACCGAGUCAACCCCCGGAGCUACCAUACCUUCAAGGAUGAGGACUUGAACGGCAGAAUCGUCA